AUGUCACAAGAUGGUUCUCUUCGCCCAUCCCACGUGGGAUCACACCCUCACCAGCUUGAAACGCGAAACUCCAUCGCUUCGCCCCGAGAAGUGCCGUAUUCUCUAGCAGGGCCAAGGACGAUGAUGCUGGAAUUGCCCCAUACGCAUAUCGGCACCCGAGACACCAGCGGACCACCGGUAGAAGCAUCGCAGACGCGAAGCCGAGAUCAGGGCACUUUUGUGAGCCAAGAGUAUCAAAGAUACAAUCCAAUUCACGGCGAGCCUGCCAACAGGCCAAUAUGGGGACUGGCGGCUCCUCUGCCAAGGAUCAGACGCCCUGGCAUGCACCAUCGCCGUUCAUCCCGCCAAAGCAAAGACGCCCUUGGACGACCGGAUCCAACCGACCAGCAGGUGCAGCCUCCUGCACCCGAGGGCACAGAAGCCGUCCCACAAAUCGAGGUCACCCCUUCGAGGAACGAGGUGCAACAUCAGGAUCUGCAACAACGGCCGAGCAGGCAGUCUCAGCAACCUCCUCGGGCUCACGACCUUCUUAGGAGGGCCACGACUGCUCAUGUGUCCACAUAUCAACCCGAAAUCGUGGAAGAGCCCGGACAAACGCGGGGCGAAGAUGAUGCCGCUUCCAACCAUUCCCAACUCGAGCGAAAGCUGCAAGCCGAGCAUAUCAGCGCUCGUGAUCAGAACGCGGCAAAAAAGGCCAUGACGGAGGAUCGAACGAGUGUUGACCGCGAGAGCGCCGAUGUCGGGCUGCAGAGGCACACCUCAGGGUCGACAGUGCAGGAUUUUGCGCAAGAUCACAGGGCGAUAGGCACCGGUCGAGAAUUUGGUCGUGUUGGGAGCGAGACCGAGGUCGAGAUGGCGCGGAGGCGGCUGCAAGGCUUCGCAGACACGACCGAUACCAUGAGUGAUGUGCAGCACCACCCUCCGAACAUCGACUGGGAGGAGUAUCAGAAACAACAUCUGCCAAGUCAAGCCUCCCAGACCGAAGAGCCCUUUCACCCGGAUUACUUCAAUUGGUGGGGUCCAGUGCGGCACUCAUUGCGGCAGCCACUGGCCGAGUAUUUGGGCACAACUGUUUUCAUGACGAUCGGCCUUUGCGGGAGUGUAGUGCAUAUGACCUCACAAGACAACUAUGGAAGCCUUCUCAGCGCCUAUCUUUCAUGGGGACUAGGUGUCAUGAUCGGAAUCUAUUUCGCGGGUGGAAUCUCCGGUGGACAUCUCAAUCCCACGUUGUCCGUCCUGCUCUCCAUAUUCCGUGGCUUUCCGUGGUCGCUCUGCUGGCAGUAUGUCAUCGCUCAAAUGCUCGGCGCAAUCUCCGCCUCGGGCAUCGUGUACGGACUAUACAGAGAUGCCAUCGAGCAAUAUUCGGCCGCGGACAAAGGUCGUGCCGGACCGGCCUUCUGGACAUCACCGCGCGACGGGUUGAGUCCUGUAGCAGCUUUCUUCACCGAAUUUGUGGCCACUGCUAUUCUGUCAGGCUCUGUCUUGGCCUUGGGAGACGACAGCAAUGCUCCACCGGGGGCUGGAAUGCACGCCUUCAUCAUUGGUCUCCUCAUCACGGCGCUGUGCAUAGCCUUCUCGUACAAUACCGGCACCUGUCUGAACCCGGCUCGAGACUUCGGUCCCCGGCUCAUCACUUGGGCGGCAGGCUUUGGCACCGAAGUCUUUACCUUGCACUCCUGGUGGUGGAUCUGGGGCCCGUGGGUUGGCACCCUGACUGGAGGGAUCAUGGGUGCCACUCUCUACGACGCCUUCAUCUUCAGCGGCGGCGAGUCUCCGGUCAACUAUCCGUCGGGCGAACUGAGAGGGCGCAUACAUACCUGGAGAGAGGCGAGAAUGAAGUCAAAGACUGGAAGGGGUAAAGAAAGGAAAAAGGAUAUCGACAAGGACCUCGAUAUGAUUGUUUGA